AUGAAUCGCCCAGACUCAUUGAACCAUUCUCCUGGGUCCUCGUUGCCGGCUAAGCAGCCCGCGUGCAGACAGUGUCGCGCGAGAAAGGUCAAAUGUGACCGUCGAACUACGGGAUGUGUGCGGUGUGAGCGUCUGGACUUGGCUUGCAGCUAUGUGCCAAACGAGACAGCCGAGUCGUUUGGUAACAUCCGAGGUCAUGACUUGACGCAGGCCGGGAUCAAGAGGCGUCGUAUUCUCCGGGCUUGCGCCUCUUGUCGGAGCGCAAAGGUCAAGUGUUCCGGGACUCAUCCCUGCGACCGAUGCCGGUCUCAUGCGCAGGCGUGCCUGUUUGGUGAUGGAGGCAUCCCUCAGCCGGAUGGUGUGAUAGAAGCUAUCGCUUCGCCUGUUAGCCCUCCACCGACCGAUCAUGGGUCGGUACCAAGUCAAUUGACACCGGCUGGCAUGUCUAGCAUUACGGGCGAUGAUUCAAUUCGCCUCUUUGAAGCCGAGGAUAGAGACGCCGUUCGACAAUACCUGGAUACUUACUUUGACAAAUCCGACAUUGCCGACUGUGUCUUUCUUCAUAGAGCAACUACAAUUGCCGAAUGGAGUCAAGGAAAGCUAGACAAGACUCUACUCAAAGCCAUUUGCGCAGCAGGGCUCAGACACAGGCCAGCCCACUAUACCGAGAGGUCAAUGGCAUAUUCCUGGAUGAAACAAGUCCAGAACGAACUGGCUGGGCACCUGGGCGACAUGUCAAUACCCAAGCUUCAGGCGUUGAUGCUCGCUGUCAAGUUCCUCUCCUCACUGCGUUUCACCGGGGACGUGUGGGUGCUCAUCUCAAUUGCAGCCAGGGUGGCAUUCACCAAACGGCUUAAUUACGAGCGCCCGGCUAUGGAUCCCGUGAAGCAAGAGUGCCUGCGUCGGUUGAUGUGGUCUAUUUACGCUACUGAUAAAGUCUUUUCUGGGGGUAUAGAGGAUUUGACUGUCUGUCCAACACAGAGGAUGCAUAUUCGACUUCCGAGCAGUUAUCACAAUUUCCAGCUAGGGCUUCCAUCUCGAUCUCCGUUUCUGCGAAGUAAGAGCGAGGCUGACACUGGCCUGAAUUCUCUGGCCUGCUUGAUGCGGCUGUACGAUAUUCGUGAUAGAGUUCUGAGGUACACCAGGCGGGUAAUUCUGGAUGGCUCUAGCCCCUACCACAGCCGAGGACAGCUACGAUCGCUUGACCUAGAGCUUGCGUCUUUUGAAGAGUCGCUACCAGAAGAGCUGCAGCUCAACGAUAACAGACUCAUGCUCAUGUGCCACUCCGAUGAGGCACGCGCCUACGCAAUGCUACACACCCUCCUCUUCAGCUGCCGCUGCGACCUGCACCGCUUCCUGAUCCCCGGCAUAAGAGAAUGCGUUUCCCCAGAAGCUGCGGCGCAGACACCCAGAGAAUACAUAGACUACUGCCAGCGUCGAUGCCUGCAGAGUGCACUGGGCUCCUGCGACUUGUGGUCCAAGAUUCGCCAUCUUGAGACAAGCAGUCGUCUUGAGACGCCCACGCUGGCAGUGGUUACUUAUCAAUCUGUCAAGAUCAUUGAUCACCUCGCUUCUUUGCUUCCGGCUCAUGGAGAUGACUCACUACCGGUCGUGAAGGAGAAGUUGACAGAUGCUUUGUUUAUUGUGUCGCGGAUCCAAACAGGGGUUGACUGGAUUGCUUCAUGUAUAUCCGACAUCGAGAAGCUUAUCCCAAGGCUGGGUGCUAGAUCAGGGUCUGCAGAAUCACCGCAAGUCCAAGAAACCUCCGUGGUUCGCCCUUCUACUGACACGUUUCACAGUCCGCCAACAGGCAAUCUUCGACUUCAGGAGAAGCUACACCGGAGGUCCAAACACGCUUACGCCCCAGACGAUGAAGAGGAGCUCGAUCCAGCUGUCAAUCCCCCAGAGUCAAACCAAGAGGAGCCACCGGCUACAGAGGAUAUCCAAUCAGCAACGCCCAUUGAUCCAUCAACUCAAGGGAGCUGGCCUUUUUCUCUACCUGUUGACAGUCAGGACGUCUUUUCAUCGAAUCAAAGCGGCUCGGGGCAGCCGCUUGGCUACAAUUUGAUGAACUAUGACUUGACCAACUCUGCAGAUGUGGUCUUUGGAGAGCAUGACAUGGUGUUUCCCAUGGAUCCCUUCGACCUGCAGCUUAAUGCGUACACGGAUGCAAAUGUGCCUCAUUACAUAGGAUCAGAGUAG